AUGAGCACCAAACGGCGUGGGACGGCUGCUUCGCCAGAUGUGAGGGUCCGCGGCCAAAAGCGCCGGAAGGUGUCUGAAGACAGCCCCGUGGACCCCGAAGACUCCAACCAAACGCCGUCCCAAGAAGACUCCGACCCCGCAGAUGAGGCCCAAGCAGAGGGAAGCUCCAUCGCUCAAGAAGAAGACGAGGAGACGGAGGCAGACUUCGAGGGCGAUGAUCUCCAGACCGCGCAAGACAAGAUCAUGACAGAAUUGACACGGUUAAAGGACUCUGAUGGCGAAGAAGUCGCGUAUCCAUUCAUUGGGAAGCCCGAUCGCAACCUUUACCGGGACUACUAUGAGGUCAUUCAGCACCCUGUAUCGCUGCGGACAAUCCAAAAGCAGGUCCGCGGCACUGACAGCCGCAAAAAGCCCUCCAAAUCAACCGCGUUUUCCACAUGGCAAUCCUUCGAAGAAGAAGUCGCGUAUAUUUGGCAAAAUGCGAGGGAGUACAACGAGGAUGGCAGCGAGAUCUCGAUGCUCGCAGGGGAUUAUUUCAAGCGACGUGUGGCGGAAGCAAAGAAGCAUGUUCCGGAUCCCACUCAGGUAGAUGGCCACCCCGAAAUGCCUCGCAUCAAGUUGAAAAUGGGCGCAAGGAAUCCGGAACCCAGGGCGCAAAGGUUAACACUGAAGAUGGCUGGGCAGACCUCCGAGCCCCCGUCCAAGGAUGACGGGCCACCAUCCGGUGUCACCGUCGAUAACGAAUCUUUGAAACGACAGCAAGAGCUGGUCCGAACAGGAUCGGCGAGCCAGGAGAUUGAUGCACACCGGACUUCUCCUCGAACUAGAUCUCUGCGGGGACACGUUGUAAGCCCCGGCCGGUCCAGUGUGGCCACCACCCCGUCCGCCUUGGAGCAGCCCCAGAAUGGGCCUGCGGGUGGAAGAGAUGGGCCCCCUGUGAUAAAACACGAAGCCUCUGGGGCGGCAUCGCAACCUCCCGAGACACGAACUUUGAACGGUCUGCACGGGGUCCCACUGGAGGCCACUGAUGGUAAGCUGCACCACGAGAUGAGCGACCCUGACCGCCGGGUUGUGGCUGACCCUUCGCUACACCACAUAGCAUCUAUUCAGCAAUCUAUCUCCGCAUCACCGUUGGAUUCGCUCUGGAGGCGUCCAGGUCAGGAUGCCAGCUCAGCCCUGAUCCGCAACGUGCAAAUCCUCACCCACCCUUCCCUUUCUUUACAACAUGAUUUGCGCCUCGACAUUCCCCCUUCACCCACGCUUUCACAGCAGUCCAUCACGAUCAACCUUCCCGCAUCACAUCAUUUGCUGACGGUCAGGCCGACGUUGGUCGCCGGCACUGCAAAGAGGCAGGUCAAGAUUGUCGCUCUCGUGGGCUUGCAACGGCUUCACUCAACGGGCGAUACAUCUGCGCUGGCGUAUGAUAUCCCACUUCAUCCGGGGACCACCAAGGUCGACCUGGAAGCCAUUGCUGGGCCAGCAAGAGGUGUUCCGAAGUCUGGACCCCCGGGGUCCGAGAUCGACUACGAGCGAGUGACCAUUUUCUUUAACCUGCUGCGGUGA